AUGCACCCAAAAAUCGCAAUCCACGGACCCCCGGGCACCACAAAACUAACCCGCCCAACGCCCUCCGAUCCCAGGCCAGAAGACAAUCCACCCCUCCUAACCGAUGCGCUGACCGUGCGCAAUACAGUCUUCAUCGACGAGCAGGGAUGUUCGCCGGAUAGCGAGAUCGACGAGGAUGAUGCGCGGAGUUGGCAUUGGGUUAUGUACUCCGGGAACGGGGACGGAGACCAGGGCGCAAAACAGGAUGGUGGAAAGAAAGAAGGCGAUGGCGAAGGCGAGGCGAUUGGAGUGAUCCGUCUAGUUCCCCCUCCUCACGUACCACAUGAACAUCAUCUUGAUAUCAGCCCUGCGCACGGGGACAAUAAUGCCAACAAUGUCAAUGACAAUGACAGCCCUGACUCAGCCGCGCAACCUGUCAAAUAUGACACCACACACGAACCUUAUAUCAAAUUAACUCGCGUGGCGGUCGUCCCGGCAUUCCGUGGAUGCAAUCUCGGCAGAAAACUGGUCGAGACGGCUAUUGACUGGGCGCGGAGGAACCCGGGGCAAAUUGAAGAUGCGUUUGUCCGGGCGGUUCGUGGGCGUGAGGGAUUACCUGAUCAGGGGAUGAUUGGUGGCAGUGGUGAUGUCAAGUGGAACGGGUUGGUGCUGGUUCAUGCGCAGGUGUCGGUUGAAGGGAUGUAUGCGCGGUUGGGGUUUGUUACUGAUGAGAGGAUGGGGAGGUGGGAUGAGGAGGGGAUCGAACAUGUUGGUAUGUGGCGGCGGGUUGAGGUUGUUCAUGACCUGUGA